AUUUCCAUAUCACAUCAUACCAAACCAGGCCACACCAGCCAGUACUCGAUCACUAGCCAGCUAGCUACUUCGAAUUUACCAGAGAAGAACCAACAAGAGUUUUCAUCAAUAUAUUCCUGUUUUUUCUUAAAAUGGACUCUUCAUUCCUCCAAAAACCUUAUUCGGAAUUCUCUUUCGAGUCCUGUUCUUCGUUCAGCUCACUGGAUUCUGAUCUCUCCUGGGAUAAUAUGUUCAGCUUUGAUCAGAGUUACAGUCAUGUACAACAGCCCGCUCAGCUACCGUUCAACCAGAACGACUCGGAAGAGAUGAUUCUUUAUGGAGUUCUUGCUCAGGCCGGAGCCGGAGACUCCUCCGACGCCACCAGUACUCCUCAUCAUACGAAAGAUCAUGAAGAGGUGAACUCCAACGCCGCCAUGGAAGAGGACGAGAGCAUGAAGGACGAGGUAGCUUAUAGAGGAGUGCGGCGGCGGCCGUGGGGGAAGUACGCGGCGGAGAUAAGGGAUUCUACACGAAACGGGGUGCGAGUUUGGUUGGGAACCUUUGAUACGGCGGAGGAGGCAGCCCUAGCUUACGACCAAGCUGCAUUUGCAAUGCGGGGGACUUUGGCCGUACUUAAUUUUCCGGCUGACAUUGUUUACCAGUCUCUUGUAGACAUGAACUACGGAUUCGAAGAGGGCUCAUCUCCGGUUUUGGCCUUGAAGAAAAGACACUCCAUGAAGAGGAAAUCAGCCAUAAAAAAAAAGAAGAAGAACGUUCAGAAGUGUGAUGACGAUGAUGUUGGGGAAUUGAGGUCGGAAAAUGUGGUGGUUUUUGAAGAUCUUGGUGCUGACUAUUUGGAAGAGCUUCUUGGUUUAUCUUCAUAAUAUCUCUGAACUGCUCCAUCCAGUUUUGGACCCUGUUUCUCUAAUUU